CGACCGGAAGCAGUUUGCGUGUCAAAGGUUGAGCACAUUGUUCCUCCGCGGUACAGUUUGAUUCACAUACUAAUGAAUGACGUUUCGAUAGCUCGAAUAAGUUAUCUAGCGUAAGCGCACACUGUAAACUUACGUUACCACAGGAAGAAACUGUGACUGCUACUUAAUCUGGGUACAAUAUAAGAACUUAUUUUUAUUUGAGUGUGUUGCCACUGUGUCACAGGGUCUUCCUCUUGUGUUUGGUGUCAGUUAUAGCAGCGCCCUCAGUAAAAACUGUUCAUAGACCAGGAAAAAGAUGGCUGGAAUUCUGUUUGAGGAUAUCUUCGAUGUAAAGGACAUUGAUCCUGAUGGCAAGAAGUUUGACAGAGUGUCUCGUCUACAUUGUGAAAGUGAAUCUUUCAAGAUGGACCUCAUCCUGGAUGUGAACAUUCAGAUCUAUCCUGUUGAUCUUGGUGACAAAUUCAGACUGGUUAUUGCCAGCACGCUAUAUGAAGACGGAACACCAGAUGACGGAGAGUACAAUCCUCAGGACGACCGGCCAUCUCGAGCGGACCAGUUUGAUUACGUGAUGUAUGGGAAAGUUUACAAGAUUGAGGGUGAUGAGACUUCGACAGAAGCAGCCACCCGCCUCUCUGCCUACGUGUCUUACGGUGGCCUCCUCAUGAGGCUGCAGGGCGACGCCAACAACCUUCACGGCUUUGAGGUGGACUCCAGAGUCUACCUCCUCAUGAAGAAACUGGCCUUCUAAAACCCAACUCUGGUUCUUCUGCUGCCACAGUCACAGUCAUGCUGAACUGAAAACAUUUGUAUUCCAAAGUCUGGAGCACGUGAUCAUUUCUAAGAGCAGCUCACAGAUAGAAAACAUGGAUGCUAAAGAAAACAUAUUUACUUUUUUAUUCUGGUAGUUAUAAAAUGUUUCCUAUGAGGAACUGUGGACUAUGGACUCUGACACAUUCAUCUGCUGGCAAACUGUAAAUAAAUAUUUCUUUUAUACAAAAUGA